AUGACGAUGCGCUGCGUGCUGCUGGUGUGUGCGCUGUGUGCGUGGUGCGCCUGCGGGUGUGCGGCAAGUACCGAUGGCGCAGGUGGUCAUGAUUUAUUGCAACCUCAAGAGAGUUCUUCGCAAUCAAAGGUCGAUUCAUCAGAUGAUGUUAGGAAUGAGUGCUCUCAGACGGAGGGGGAUGCCGCAGAGGGUUGCGGCGGUAGCGGCCUCACGGACGGCCGUUUGGUGGAUGAUGGUUGUAACAAGGAUGAGGGUCCUCUGCGUGAAGAAUGCAAGACUGUUUCUCCACCUCCGUCUUGUGAGCCCAAGGAGGCGGAGAGAUGCCAAAAACCUGCGGACCCUGCGACAGGUGUGGUGUGCAAAGAAACUGGCGGAAAAUGCGGGAAUUCUGCNAAGGCGGGCCAGUUGGAAACUGAAUUGAACGAACAGCAGAUAAGUACUGCUCAGGUCGUCUGCUCUGACAAUGAGGUUGUUUCUGGAGAUCCGCCGAAGUGUGUGUCUAAGGAGAAAGUAGUACAUCAAGAAAAUUUGGGGACCCGAACGGACGGACUGAACGGUGGAGUCGGUGAAUCCCACCGCGGCGGCUCGGGGUCUAAGGAGCCUGUCACGUCUCAACGGCCAACGAGUGAGCGGUCUGACGCGCCCAACACGCCUGCUAGCAACUUGGGGGAAAAGGACGUCGGCAACAGAAAGGUGAUAAGCGAAACAGGGAGGAAAGCUGAUAUUGUGCAAAAGGAAAAAGAUUUGAAACAAGACGAGAAUGUGAAAGAUGGCGCCCUAAAAGACAACGCACAGACGGCCGUUUCUGAGGGUGCACCUGCUGAAAAUGAGUCUUCCCCAGCUGAUGCUUCCACUGCACCGGAAUCUGGCAACACGCCACCUGGCACCAUGGCUUCUGGCGCAAACACCGGCGGAGAAACGCCAAAUCUGGGAUCAUCUGGAUCAUCUUCCAUGAAAGCUGGGUCCGAUGAGGCGACAGACAACAAGCCUGCCACCGCUGCUUCUCCUGUCGAAAACGUGAAGGACACGAAGAAUGUGGACAGCAGCCUCAGUCCUGUGUGGGUGCAUGCUCCGCUGCUUCUGCUG